UCGGUCACGUGCUUCGCCGCGCGGUUGUGGGGAUUUGGCCUCUGGGAACGAGCGCCAAAGGGGGUGAUUGCGAACGGUAAAGCAGUACUCAACAACCCCCAUCUCUGUUCGACAGUAGUAUCGCUCUCAGCUGCCAGCCGCUCCGGUGCUUUGAUAGGUCUAAUCGGUUCAACAAUCCCCCGUCGUCAUCCCUUCUCCAAACCCGUCUCCGAGUCGAUAGCCUACCAUGGUUCAAUUCUUCUCCAACCUGCCCGACGACGACCACGUCCCUUACAAAUUCUUAGAAGCCAACCCACACAUCAAGGAUGUGGUCCGUUACAUGCGACAGGAGGACUACGCUGUUGGUGCUGCUGUUGGGCUGGGUUUCCCUGCUGCUCACUACAUUUGGGAACGACUGUCCCCAUCAUUCCACCCUCGUGUGAUGCCUCGUGUCAUGGCAGUCCAGAUCCCCUUCUACGCAUCCGUCGGUUUCAUUUUCGCAUGCAAACGGUCGCUAUUCAGGUUUUGGGGAUGGACAGAAAACAACGCGGAGGCAACGCGAUGGGCAAAAGAGAUCGCUGCCCGGCCUCCAGCAGUUAAGAAGGGAUGGCAAGAUCUUGAUUGGUAGAGACGACGCUUCCCAUCAAACUCCCCUGUAUACCAUCCUGUUUGUGAAUUUUCCUCUCUCGCUCCUUUCUGGGGAUGCUCUUCUUUACAGUACAUAUAGCACCAUACCCCUUGAAUGGCCCCGACCAGUCGUGUGUUUGCGUCUGGCGUGUGAACGAUAUGGGUUGGGUGUGGAGUUCCAUGGAGUGAGAAGUGGGUGGACAUAGGAAAUUCGUCAUUCCGACACAAAGAACGUUCGGUGCCUAUUUGCUGGAUCGCAUAUUCUAUACGACGCCAAUGAGAAGCUGGUGAUGAUGUCGAAGCUACAUUACAUGACUGCCUCCUGCGACGUCUACGGGACUACGC